AGUUAGGCAAGUGAAGAAAGCGCGGAGAGUGGAGCUGAGUUUAACGGUUACAUAGAGGAAUACUACUGAUACUAACACUAAAGAUAAGUAGUGGAGGUGCGGGACACCGGCGCGUUUAGCUUCUCUACCCUGCAGUUGCGGGGUUAGCGUGCGCUGCUCACCGCUAUGGAUACACUUUUAACUUGUCUCCUGCCUGUCCUUCUGCUCUCGGUCCGAGGACAAGUAUUCCGAGGGGACUGUGACUUCGAGAGGCCUUACUCAGAGUGUGGCUACAGCCAGGGUAGAGAUGAUGAUUUCGACUGGGAGCAGGUCAACACGAAGCUGAGGCCUUCUGCAGACCCCUGGAUUCCUACAGGUUCAGCCUUCAUGAUGGUGAACACAUCUGGGAGGUUUUCUGGGCAAAAAGCCCAACUGAUCGUUGCCCAGCUGAAGGAAAAUGAUACCCACUGCCUCACCUUUCAGUAUUACGGAGCCAGUAGUGAGGGCUCGAGUCCGGGCCAGCUCUACAUCUAUGUCAAAGAGAACAACAGCCCCAUGGGAUUUCCUGUGUGGAACUCUUCAGGUCCAGCCUUUCAUACAUGGAAGCAAAUUGAACUGGCAGUCAGCACCUUCUGGCCCAACUUUUACCAGCUUAUUUUUGAAGUGGUGACCUCAGGGCAACCAGGCUUGCUGGCUAUUAAAGACAUCUCACUCCAGGGACAUCAGUGUAUGAGCACUCCACACUUCAUGCAUAUCAAAGGUGUCGAGGUUAAUGCCAAACAAACUGCUACUUUCCACUGUACCAUUAACGGCCAGCCCAGGGAUCACGUCAACUACAAACUCUGGUUACAGGGUAUUGGGGGUAGAGAAGCACCAAUGAAGGACACUAAGCCGGUGAACCUUAGGCGCUACAUGGCCACAUUCGAUGUGGUAAACACCACUAAGGGGGAUUCAGGCCGCUACCGCUGCAUUGUCCAGUCAGACAAAGGAGUGGGCGUGUCGAGCUACGCUGAGCUCAUUGUAAAACAACCUCCAAUCCCUAUUGCACCACCACAACUGACUGCUGUUGGUGCCACCUACCUGUGGAUCCAGCUCAAUGCUAACUCAAUCAAUGGCGAUGGCCCCAUCAUUGAGAAGGAGGUGGAGUACCGCACCAUGUCUGGAAGCCUGAUCGACAACCAGCCAGUGGACAAAGCGAACCAUAAGAUUGGCCACCUCGACCCAGACACCGAGUAUGAGAUCAGCGUUCUUCUCACCAGGCCUAAUGAGGGAGGCACUGGAGCUCCUGGUCCACCGCUGCGUGCCAGGACCAAAUGUGCUGAUCCUAUGCACGGCCCUCGGCAUUUGGAGGUGGUGGAUAUCAAAUCCAGACAGAUCACUGUACGCUGGGAGCCUUUUGGCUACAAUGUUACCAGAUGCUACAGCUAUAACCUGACUGUGGAGUAUCGCUACAAGGUGAACGGUAAAGAGGAGACACGGGAGGAAGUCUACGAUGUGCUCAGCCCGACUCCACAACACACUAUCCGCAACCUGUCACCUUAUACCAACGUCAGCGUCAAACUGGUGCUUCGCAAUCGUGAGGGGGAAAAGGAGAGUCAGGAGCUGAACGUGCUAACAGAUGAGGAUGUACCAGGUGCUGUGCCCCUCGAUUCCAUCCAGGGCAGCACAUACGAGGAGAAGAUUGCCCUCAAAUGGCGAGAGCCUCUUCAGACGUACGGAAUCAUUAAACAGUAUGAAAUAUUCUAUAAGGCUGUCAGCUCCUUUGACCCAGAGUUCAACCUGUCCAAUCAAAGUGGGAAGGUGUUAAAGCACAGUAAUGAAACCUCACACAAGUUCAUGGGGCUGUACCCGGGUUCCACCUACUCCUUCACCAUCAGAGCCAGCACCGUCAAAGGCUACGGCCCACCAGCCAACACUCAAUUUACCACCAAAAUCUCAUCUCCACACAUGCCUGGCUAUGAUCAGGAAACCCCUCUGAAUCAGACAGACAGCACUGUAACAGUCCUGUUAAAACCUGCACAGAGCAGAGGAGCUCCAGUCAGUGUAUAUCAGGUAGUGGUGGAGGAAGAGCGUCCACGCCGGACACAGCGAGCUGCCGAGAUUCUGCGCUGUUACCCAAUCCCCAUCCACUUCCAGAAUGCGACCAUGCUCAGUUCACCGUAUUACUUCUCUGCUGAAUUCCCAGCCUCUCGGAUUCACAACUUUCCGGCUUUCACUGUUGGAGACAACAAGACCUAUGAGGGCUAUUGGAACCCCCCUCUGCUUCCCCAUAAGAGCUACAGCAUCUACUAUCAGGCUGUCAGCAAGGCCAAUGGGGAGACCAAAAUCGACUGUGUCCGUGUUGCCACUAAAGCCGCCAUUAUUGUGACCCAGCUCACCACGCCGUACGUACGCAUCGCACCCGCCGCAGGGGACAGCCAGCUAACAGGGGCAGCAACCAGAAAACCAGAUGCAGUAGAGCCAGAGAAACAAACCGACCAUACAGUAAAGAUUGCUGGAGUCAUCGCUGGCAUCCUGCUGUUCGUUAUCAUCUUCCUGGGUGUAGUACUGGUCAUGAAGAAAAGAAGAACCUAUCACUCCUACACUUAUUACCUAAAACUGGCAAAGAAGCGUAAGGAGACCCUGAGCAGCACGAGGCAGGAGAUGACAGUGAUGGUAAACUCCAUGGAUAAGAGCUACACCGAGCAGGGCACCAAUUGUGACGAGGCAAUCUCCUUUAUGGACACCCACAACCUUAAUGGAAGAACUGUCUCAUCUCCGUCAUCAUUUACCAUGAAGACUAACACACUCAGCACUUCUGUGCCCAACACCUAUUACCCAGACCCCUUUGUGCCAACUGCUAUCUUAGACGAGAACAACACAAUGACCAGUGAGACCAGCAGCUUGGUACAGUCUCACACUCACUCGUUUAAAAAGAGAGAGGCGGUGGAUGUGCCUUACCAGACAGGGCAGCUACAUCCGGCCAUCCGUGUGGCAGACCUGCUGCAGCACAUCACUCAGAUGAAAUGUGCUGAAGGCUACGGCUUUAAAGAGGAGUAUGAGAGCUUCUUCGAAGGGCAGGCAGCACCCUGGGACUCCGCAAAGAAAGAUGAGAACCGGAUGAAGAAUCGUUACGGAAACAUAAUUGCGUAUGACCAUUCGCGUGUCCGACUGCAGGCUAUUGAGGGGGAGCAGAGCUCAGAUUACAUUAAUGCAAAUUACAUUGAUGGCUAUCAUCGACCAAAUCACUACAUAGCUACCCAAGGACCCAUGCAGGAGACAGUCUAUGACUUCUGGAGGAUGGUGUGGCAAGAGAAUACAGCAACCAUUGUCAUGGUGACUAACCUGGUGGAGGUUGGCAGGGUUAAAUGUUGUAAAUAUUGGCCAGAUGAUACAGAGAUCUACCGGGACAUGAAGGUCACAUUGAUUGAAACACAGCUGCUUUCGGAAUAUGUCAUUCGAACAUUUGCCGUUGAAAAGCGAGGAGCACAUGAGAUCAGAGAGAUCAGGCAGUUCCAUUUCACUGGCUGGCCAGACCAUGGAGUGCCGUACCAUGCCACAGGCCUGCUGGGUUUCAUUCGCAGAGUUAAAUCCAAGAAUCCAGCUAAUGCAGGACCCAUGGUGAUCCACUGCAGUGCUGGCGCUGGCCGCACUGGCUGCUUCAUCGUCAUUGACAUCAUGUUGGACAUGGCUGAGCGCGAGGGUGUGGUAGACAUCUAUAACUGUGUGAGAGAACUCCGCUCACGCAGGGUCAACAUGGUCCAGACAGAGGAGCAGUAUGUGUUCAUCCAUGAUGCCAUUUUGGAGGCGUGUUUGUGUGGUGACACUACCAUCCCAGCCAAUCAGCUGCGUUCAGUUUACUACGACAUGAACCGCCUCGAUACCCAGACAAACUCCAGCCCAAUUAAAGAAGAGUUCAGAACUCUGAACAUGGUAACUCCGACACUACGUGUGGAGGACUGCAGCAUUGCAUUGCUGCCACGAAAUCAUGAGAAGAACCGGUGUAUGGAUGUGCUGCCGCCCGACCGCUGCCUGCCUUUUCUUAUUACAAUUGAUGGAGAGAGCAGCAACUACAUCAACGCUGCCUUAAUGGACAGCUACAAGCAACCAUCUGCUUUCAUCGUUACCCAGCAUCCACUACCCAACACUGUAAAAGACUUCUGGAGGCUAGUGCUGGACUACCACUGCACAUCUAUAGUAAUGCUAAAUGAUGUGGACCCUGCUCAGUUGUGUCCACAGUACUGGCCUGAGAAUGGGGUACACAGACAUGGACCUAUUCAGGUGGAGUUUGUAUCUGCUGACUUAGAGGAGGAUAUUAUUAGUAGAAUAUUCCGCAUCUACAAUGCUGCACGGCCACAGGAUGGGUAUCGCAUGGUGCAGCAGUUUCAGUUCCUGGGCUGGCCCAUGUACCGAGACACACCGGUGUCCAAGCGCUCCUUUCUCAAACUCAUCAGACAGGUGGACAAGUGGCAGGAGGAGUAUGAUGGAGGAGAGGGCCGCACUGUGGUACACUGUCUCAAUGGAGGUGGACGGAGUGGGACUUUCUGUGCAAUCAGUAUUGUGUGUGAGAUGCUUAGGCAUCAGCGCUCUGUAGACGUGUUCCACGCUGUCAAAACACUAAGAAACAACAAGCCCAACAUGGUGGACCUACUGGAUCAGUAUAAAUUCUGUUAUGAGGUGGCACUGGAGUACUUGAAUUCCGGCUAAAUUUUCAGAAGUGGUGGUCCCCUUCCUCCCCCCCUUUUCCCAUGACCAUGUGUCACUUGAGUAGAGACUUUAUUACACAUGAACGUUGAAGUGCUGGACUGGAAGUACAAAGAGGCGCGCUGCUUGGACUGCUUUGGCCGUGAUGUUGGAUAAAUUUGGUGAGAUUACUGUCUUCAGGAUCGAACCAGAGGACCGGAUGCUUGCACUGUCCAACUGAACUGUCCAUAGAACUUUGAACUCUGAUCCUGUACCUUUCCUAACCCAUCUGCCCUCUGUAUGUACAUUUCAGCGCCAGGUGCACAGAUCACAUGCGGUCAUGUGAUACAGUUUCUCUUCUACAGACACAUUGAUGUACUUUACUCAGCUGUCCAUGUCACACCACUGCUGUUUGUUUUAGUGCUUUAGUUGUUUUCUCUUGCGCCCCCUGUUGCCUGUGGCUCUUGUGUCCUGCUUUUUUUUAGUCAUUGUUGGAUGAUAUCUGUCAUAUCUAUUUUUGUGAAGAAUGCGAUAUUGACUCAUGUGGAUGUGUUUUUUUAAUACUGCUUUUUUAUUUGAUUUUUUUAUUUCUAUUUUUUAAAAGAAGGGGGCAGAAUGACAUUUAGAAUUGGCAUUAAAAGCCCAGAUCCUAAAUGUUGCAUUGACAUUAUUGUGAUUGCUUGCAAAAUGUUGUUGUGUUAAAAGCUAAAGCGAUCCACAAACAAGCUAAACAUUACGUGAAAAAAUCCAAAGCUUAUAUAUGUGAUCAUUUGUUAAUAAUGUAAAUACUUGAAGGUUGGCAGAUUAUUUAUUCAUUUAAAUAAUUUUUGUGAAGCACAUUGAGUGACAAUCAUGUUUUAUUUGGUCAUUAUUAUUUUUUAUUCUUUCAUCAGGCUUGGCAUAAUAAUGGUGACCAGGAUGUAAUGUUAGCUUUUUAUUUAUCUUCUAUGGAAAAACUGAACUUGCAAAUACAUACAUAUCUAUA